AUGGCAUACAUGCGUCUGUUCCGGAGGAGAAUGUCCUCCGAGGCCACCAAGAACAGCACCCAUGUGACUACUCCUCCUCCUCCUCCGCCACCACCCUCAAAGAGCAUUUCAGCAAGUUAUAAGCGGUUCCACGACAAGAGACCGCACACGACCCAGUUCCUGCAGGCUAUGGUUGUUAGCUUGGUGGGUGACAGCUUGUCGCAGUUGCUUAUUACGCCAGAUGAAGAAUACCAGCCUCUACGAACGCUCAAGGUCAUGGUCACCGGAUCUAUACUGUCUAUACCGACAUAUCGCUGGUUCCUCAUAAUGGCCAGAUACAUCAACCACCCACACAAGGUCCUCUCUCUUGCCAUGAAGUGCGUCGCAAAUCAACUAUGCUUCGCGCCUUUCUUCCUCUCGUCAUUCAUCACCACCGGCCUACUAUGGCAGGGCAUCUACAACGUUGAUGAAAUCAUAGCAAACCUGAAGCAACGUGUCCCCAUCGCUUGGAUGAACGGCUGCAUGUUCUGGCCCAACAUCGUCGUUCUCAACUUCACGCUCGUCCCACCCCACUUCCGCGGCCUGGUAAAUUCCGGCGCAAGCGUCGUAUGGCAGGCGUACCUCUCGUGGCUCACUUUCGCGUCAAAGUCCACGGUCCAGCACGCAAUCGAGGAAGAAGUCGCGUUUGAACACAAAGUCGAGCAUAAAAUGACUGAAAGUCUCCAUUUGUCAGAGGCAAAGUCUGCACUUCUGGCUGCGGAGAAAAAGGUCGUUGAUGCUGUCGGCACGUCUUCUUCAUAA